AGUAAAACGUCGAUCGGCAGCGACAGGUGGAGGAGGCAGAUAUCCGCCUCAAACUGGGCAACUGAAAAUAAGUAUCGGCGAAGCGAGCUGCUUUAGGGCUACCAGCGGGAUUAGAUACACAAUCAGCACGCGGCGGCUGUUGACUCGAUACAAAGUUGUAUUGACGUUCGAUUCGAACACGGACAAUCACCGGGAACAGUCGAUCUCAUUGCGCAGGCGCUUCCUUCCCGGUCCACGCUCGAACCACCGCCCGCUGAUUGGGCCGGCUCAUCGGAAGAUCGCUGAAGGCGGCCAGCGGAUUGGUGGAUUUCGAUCGGACUGAUGCUGCGGGUGGCUCUUGUUGCUUAUGUGCGGCAGCUCGGCGGCUUGCUGUCCCAGCGAGCUUCUCAGCGCCGACGCUGGUGUUAUGGGUAUACUGGACGAAGGAAUACAGCAACAAUGCCAGAAAUAAACUUGGACAACCUGGAUGAAAAGCAGGUCCAGCUAUUGGCUGAAAUGUGCAUCCUGAUUGAUGAGAAUGAUAAAAGAAUUGGAGCAGACACAAAGAAAAAUUGCCAUCUUAACCAGAACAUAAAUAAAGGAUUACUCCACAGAGCUUUCAGUGUCUUCAUCUUCAACAGUGAGGGGAAACUCUUGCUGCAACAGAGAUCUGAUGCAAAGAUCACAUUCCCAGGUUGUUUUACAAACACUUGCUGCAGUCACCCUCUUAACACCACAACAGAAAUUGAGGAGAAAGAUGCUAUUGGUGUAAGACAAGCAGCCCAGCGCAGGUUAAAGGAAGAGUUUGGAAUACCUCCCCAGCAGGUUCCUCUGGAAGAGAUGAACUAUCUUACACGUAUUCACUACAAGGCUCAGUCUGAUGGAAUCUGGGGAGAACAUGAAAUUGAUUAUAUUAUCUUCAUCCAGAAGAAUGUAACUUUAAAACCUGACCCCAAUGAGAUACAGAGUUACUGCUAUGUGACUAAAGAUGAACUCCAGAACCUGUUGGAAAAGGCAGAAAGCAACGAAGUGAAAAUCACACCUUGGUUUAAACUUAUUGCUGAGAAGUUUCUUUUUAUGUGGUGGGAUAACCUACAUAAUCUGAAGCAGUUCGUAAAUCAUGAGAAAAUUCACCGGAUGUAGAAGGCUUUUGACUUCCUGCAUGUGCAGUAGUGUUAAAGAACUAAUUUUCUGCACAUUAUAAACACAAAUUACGCACAUAACAUUUUCCACUCUGUUUCUAAUUUAAUAAAAUGGAGUUUGAGUUCAUUUCAGUAAGCAACACAACUUAAGCCAGCAUAUAUUUUAUUUAUCACUUGUGAAUUAGAAUUAUUGUCUAAUAUUAACUGUUAAACCAGUUAUUUUUUUUAAAAAAAAAGCAAAUCAUGUAUUUAUUGUAAUUCUGGCAGGUGUUGUUUAAAAGUUUACUAGCUUUGCUCUCUCCGUGCCACCACUAUUGAGAUGAUUCUAACGGUGGAGGUUGGAGAGUAGAGGUAGGGAUCAUGGUGUGCAGUCAAUUUAAAGUUAAUUCUAGUUGGCUCUUGGUGCAUGUUUCUUUCCAAAGCUGUUUAAUGUUGUUGCAGUACCUUAACUUUGGGUGGAAUAGAUCAAGUUCAUAUCCAUCACUGAGUAGCUAUCCAAAUCUAAAUCCUUAUCUUAAUUAUGAAAACUUUUUCAUAGUUCAGUCUUCCAAUAGUAUCAAGUCCAUGCACAAACAAAUCACAUUUUUUUGUAUAUCAAGACAGUCAGGGGAAGUGGGAGUAAAAUGAUCGGAUAAUUCAACUACACAAACUAGCGCUGUUCAGAAAACCAAUGGAACCCUUUCCCAGAAUAUUAUUGGGAUCUUUGAGGAUAUAAAUUUAAAGGGAGAUUUUGCUACAGCUAGAUUUCAGCCCCCAGUUGAGUAAAUUCAGUGUUUCUGACAGGAUCCUUA